AUGCACGGCAAAGUUGCGGUUGUCUAUUACGGAAAGAAAUUUUUGAUAGCCAACAUUAACGAUAUAGAAAGUAAUUUUGAAGGGGAAAUAACCAGACUAGACAUUACUUUUCUCGGCGAUGAUAAAGUUAGAGAUUUUUCAAAAAAACAAGAUAAGGUAGUCAUUUUUCGCAACAAUUCUUCAGAAAAGGGAGAUUUCGCUAAUUUAAUUAAUGAAACUAAAAAAUUAGAUAUUUAUUUAGAGUUGAUUAGGCAUAGUUUGGAAAUGACUAAGGAUGUUUUGAUAGUUAAAACUAAGGGAAAAAUUUCCACAAAAGCGGAGCAAAACAUCAUAGGGGGGUUGGCAAAAGGGAAAUUAAUUAAUAUUUAUUAUGAAGAUAGAAGAACUAAGCAACCAGUCGAUCCUAACUCUUACUCUUACGAAUUAAAAGGAGGGGAUUGA